GAUCUAUUUUAAGUGCUAAAAUUGAGGUCUAAUUGCUUUUUUUAAGAUGCCAAGAGGCCGAGGACGACCGCAUGAUCGAGAAGUAAUAGUAGAAAAAGGAGCUGUUUCAGGUCAAAAUUCCGGGGAAAUAUGGACAGGAAAGCGGCUUAGAAGAGGAUGUGGUAGAAUAUCCAAGAAAGGACAGGAAACCAUAUCAGGGCCAGUAUUUACAAGAUCACCGGUAUUUAGGGAAAACUAUAUUGCUGAAGAGUCAUUAAAAGAUCAGGGAUCUAGCAAGAAUGCGUAUAUUUUAUAUGAAUCGAAGUAUAAGAAUAGUAAAGAAAAUAUGUUAGUUGGAGAGUCUAUAAUAGACGAGAGGAAUGAAAUGCGACAAGAAAAUAUGAAUGAAUUAGAGGCAAUUUCAGUAUUAAAUGAGUUUUCUAAUUCAGUAUCGAUGAUGGAAUCAUCAUAUAUUAAAAAAUCGAAAAAUAGCAAUUCAGAUGAUGAUUUAUCAUCACUUAGUGAGCUUAAUGAUUCAGAAGCAGAAACAGAAAGAAUUGAAGAUAUUGAAUCAUCUCUUGAUGUUCAUAUUAUAAAUAAGAAAUUAAUAGGGGAAGAAAAGGAUCUGGUAAUUAAUGAAAUGGAAACAUCGCAAUCAUAUGGAACAUUUAAUAAUAAAAAAUAUAAGAAAGAUAAAUCAGAGCUUCUUGCACCGUCAGAAUUUUUAUCUAUAUCAUCUAAUGAAUAUGUUUCUAAAAAAAGUAUGAAAUCAGAUGGAGAUGAUGAUAGUGUUCAUAGUAAGACUAUUCCAAGUGUUGAUAAUGAAAGUACGGUAGAAGAAGAAAUAGUGGAAAGUGUUUUUGGCGAUGAUGAUGUUAGUAUGAAUGUGGAUGAUGAAGUGGAUGAAAAAAAGGUUCAAAAGAGAAAGGAUGCAAUUGCAGCAUUAACACAGAUUGAAAUACAAUUUGCUAAACUUCGUGAUAAAUUAUAUGAGAAUCAAAUCAAUUGUUUAGAUAAGGAAGUAGAUUUGAUAAAUAAAGGAAUUCAUCCUGAAUUAUCAAGUUUAAUGGAGAAGAUUGCUGAAAGACGAGAGAGGAAAUAUAAUAUUGCAGUUGCUCUUCGAGAUAUGUCAAUAAAGUUUAUUAAAGAUGAAUUUAUUGCUCAUCAAUAUGAAAUUCAAAAUGUCUUUUUGGAAUCUAAACGGAAAUUAAGGGAAAAGAUGCUUCAAAAAACAGGAGAAAAAUGUUUUCGAAUUUAUCAUGAGCGACGUCUUAUGGAAACAUUAGCACCUGAAUAUGAGUUUUCUAUCCCUACUAAGCGUUCAGUGCAAUUAAGGAAUCGUAGAGCACACGAAUUAGAAGUUAUGUUUUUAGUUGGUCUUAAAACAUAUAUUGGGUUUCCAGCUGCACCUGAAAUAAAAAAUGCAUCUAAGGAAGAAAUAAUGCAAGAUUUAUCAGAAAUGAGAGUUAAACGGGCACCAUUUGAUCCAUUUCGUAAUUUUAUUUUUCCUAAUUCUACAUUUCAAAAUGCUUCGUCAUAUAAUCAAGAAUCUCAAUUAAAACCACAUAAUAAUAACCUUUUUUCGCAAUUCUCUUAUCAAAAAUCUUCUCAGAAUCGUCAAUAUUCUAAUUAUAUGGGAUCACAUUCUUUAUCUGAGUAUUCUUCUCCAAAACAGCAUUCUCUAAAUAAAUAUCCACCUUAUAAUUCAGAUCGAAAUCAAUCUUCACAUGAUCAAUAUCAUUCAUCAUUUUGCAUGCAGCAUGAACAAGCAUCAGUAGAUAUGCAACUAAUGAAUAAUAAUAAGUUAUUUUGCCAAUUUCCACUUAGUCCUCGAUUAAAUCAAUCUUUGCAAUACUUUGAACCAUUACAAAAAAAAACGACUAUAUUGGAAUGAUUUUUCAUCAAUAAAAUAUUAAUUUUUAUCUUCUAAUGAUACAAUU